AUGUUAUAUCUCCCCCGAUGGUUGCUCGCCGCCGGUGUUCUUGUAUCGUUUUUGAUACUCCGUGCCAUCUAUCGCCUAGUGUUUCACCCUUUGAAAUCAUUUCCGGGACCUGCCAGCCGCGCGAUAUCACACAUUCCCCAUGCGCAAUCCAUACUCAGCGGACACCUGCCGGGUGACCUCACUUCACUGCAUGCCAAAUAUGGCGAGGCUGUACGCAUCUCUCCAGAUAUGGUGUCAUUUAUUGCACCCGAAGCGUGGACAGACAUCUAUGGCCACGGACCCAAUCGUAACUUUCCAAAAUGGGGGAUGACGCGCAGUCACAAGACGGUCGACCACCUCUUAUCAGCCAACAAUGCAGACCACUCACGGCAACGUAGAACGGUCAACCACGCGUUUAGCGACAAAGCACUGCGGGCUCAGGAGGGCCUUGUAAUGCGUUACAUCGAUCAGCUUACAAGCGCACUUGCGUUGCAGUCUAUUGCCGAGAUUAACGUGAAGAAUUGGCUGGAAUAUGCAGCUUUUGAUAUCGUCGGUGAUCUGGCGUUUGGCGAGCCAUUUGGGUGUCUAUCGAACGGCGCAUAUGAUCCAUGGGUGGGACUGUUGUUUCCUUUUAUCAAGGCUCUUUCGUUGUUCGGAGCGGCAAGGCUGUUCAAGCCUUUCACGCCGUUCAUCAUUGCCCUCUUACCCAAGAAAGAUAUCAAGAGUCGCAUGCAGCACAUCAAGCUCAGCGCUAAGAAAGUCCACAAACGCCUGGCUGCCGGUGAGCAGCCGCAUCGAUCUGACUUCUGGACAUAUAUCUUGCGAAACAAUGACGAGACGGGCAUGAGUAUUGAGGAGAUGGAAUCAAACGCUAGUCUCUUCAUCACUGGUGGAAGCGAGACAGUUGCGACAGCGCUGUGCGGAAUCAUGUACUUGUUGGCAAAGAACCCGGAGGCGAUGCAGAAGCUACAUGAAGAGAUCACAGGCGGAUUCACCAAGCAAGAGGACAUCAACAUGAUUAGUGUGGGCGGCCUGAAAGUGCUGCAGGCUACCAUCAGUGAGGGAAUGCGCAUCUACCCACCUGUUCCUGCAGGUCUGCAGCGCAUUGUUCCCAAGGGCGGCGCAAUCAUUGCGGGAUACGCCGUGGCAGAAGGCACCAUCGUCAACGUCUCCCAACAACCCGCGUACCAUCUCCCCAGCAACUUCUCACACCCUGAGAGAUUCGCACCGGAGCGCUGGCUCGCCAAUGCACCGUCUGAAUAUUCGAACGACAGAAAGGAAGUGUUCCAGCCUUUUAGUACUGGGCCGCGCAACUGCGUUGGGAAAAAUCUCGCCAUGGCGGAGAUGAAGCUGAUUCUGGCGCGUCUGAUUUGGCAAUUCGACUGGCAACUGGCUGAUGACAAGUUUGCGCUUGAGAAGCAGAAGGUUUUUAUUAUGCGCGAGAAACCAGAUUUGAAUCUGCGCAUGAAAGUAAGAGGGAAAUGA